AUGGAAAACAGUGUGAAGCAUUUAGACAACGACGAUAGCAGAGAACCGCCUCAGCUUGCGGAGUUGUUGAAAGAAAUGAGGGAAGGUCUUGACAACUUAAGGCGUAAAGUUCAAUCUUUAACUGCCAAAGUGAAAGAGGGUCAAUAUCCUACAGCAGAUGGAUUUAGCUACCUUGAAGCUAAGAAUUUGCUGCUUUUGAACUAUUGUCAGUCCCUUGUUUAUUAUUUGUUGCGGAAGGCUAAAGCGUUAACGAUAGAAGAUCAUCCCGUCGUUCGAAGUGUUGUAGAGAUAAGAUUGUUUUUGGAAAAGAUUCGGCCAAUUGAUAAAAAACAACAAUACCAAAUCCAGAAACUAGUGCAGGCUAGUGAAAAUGCAACCAAAAGUGAUGUUCAAAGUAAGGAGACAGCUGCGUCCACUAAGAGUGAGGAUGCAUCAAAGUAUCGUCCCAAUCCCGACAUGCUUGUUAGCAAAUUAGACUUAACCUCGCAGGAUGGGCAUGAUACAUAUCAACCUGUGAAGUUUGCCCCUACUUCUAUGGAUCUAGAAAAACCUUCUAAGCAUGAACGAAAUGCCUUGCGAAGAGAAAAAGAAAUUCUGAAACAAGCUAAGCAGAGUGAUUAUAUCAGGACAUUGAUGAAUGAUAUGGAGGAAAGACCUGAAGAGGUAAGAGAUUUUGAAGGAACUAGCAGAGAAGUUGAUAGAUUUGUUGCCAAGAUGGAGAAACGUGCUCAGCAAGAGGAGGAGCUGUUUACUCGUGUUCCUCUUUCAAAACAGGAGAGGAAGCGAGAAAAGUACUUGAAGAAAUCAAGAAAUGGGUUGCAAGGUCUAACCGAAAGUUUUUAUGAUGAAAUCAAAACAUUACCCUUUGAAGAUAAUACCGGAGAACAAGUAAUGGGAUCUAGUAAUGGUAGAAGCAGAAACAGUAGACUAAAUAAGCGAAAGGCAUGA